AUGACCUUGGCGACGUUCCUCAAGGUUCAUCCACCAACUUUCCGAGGAUCAACUAAUCCUACUGAAGCGGACCACUGGUUCCAGGCCAUGGAGCGUGCUUUACAGGCGCAGCAUGUUCCAAACAAUCAGUAUGUAGAGUUUGCCGCUUAUCAGCUAGCGGGAGAGGCCCAGCCCUGGUGGCAAGCUGAGUGUCGUUUGCUACAUCUUCAAAAUGCCGACAUUCUGUGGGAGGUGUUCGAGACAACUUUCUAUAAGAAAUACUUCCCUGAGUCUGCAAGGGAAGCAAAGGAAAUAAAACUAAUACAGAUGAAGCAAGGUUCCCUAUCUGUGGCAGAUUACACCAACAAGUUUGAGGAACUCUGUAGGUUUUCUAGGGUAUGUCAAGAUGCCCCGGAUACUUACGAGAGCUGGAAGUGCAUUAAGUACCAAAGGGGUUUAAAGGAUAGCAUUAUGACUGUUGUGACUCCUUUGGAGAUCCGUGUCUUCUCUGACUUAGUGAACAAGGCUAGAGUAGUGGAAGAGUAUCUCAAAACCGUGGCGGCAUCCAAAGACACUCGUGGAGGGAGCUCUAGUCGGGGGCGUGGCAAGUAUUUUCAUCCGAGAGGACAAAGCUUCAAGAGAGGAGGAUAUGCGCCUCAAGGCCAAGGAGGUUCUAGAAAGAAUAAUCAAAAUCAAUUUCAAUAUGCUAAGGGGAUAGGAAAUCAGAGUGGUUGCUUCAAUUGUGCGUUGCCUAGCCACAUUGCGAGGGAUUGCACUCGUGGGAGAAAUCAGAAUGCGGGCCAGAGUCAGUAUCAAGGUCAAGUCUUUGCUGUGAAUGCCAAUGAUGCUUCUAAGGCGGAUCCAGUGAUGAGAGGCUUGAAAGUGUUAGAGUUACCUUUUGAUCUGCAUGUACAUACUCCACAUCAAAUAGUUAUGACUAGGUCAGGUUGUAGACAAGUAGGUUUCAAGCUUGAGGGUAGAGACUUUGUGCACGAUUUGAUCUGUUUACCAAUGGUGGGGCUAGAAAUGAUUUUGGGGUUCGAUUGGUUGUCGAAGAAUCGAGUUUUGUUGGAUUGCUUUGAAAGAACUAUUCGGUUUAUGCCGGAAGGAGAUAAUGGAGCAGUGGUAGCUAUGGAGUAUUACCUGAACUCUGUAAUGGUGCUUUGUAGUGCGGAGGAGUGUCAGGAUUAUAUUCUGUUGGCUGCUAAUGCGUUGGGUGAUGCCCAGUACUUAGAUCAGAUUCCAGUGGUUAGAGAUUUUCCAGAAGUGUUCCCAGAAGAUAUCCCUGGGUUCCCACCUCAAAGGGAGAUUGAAUUUGCAAUUGAAUUGGUACUGGGAGCCGGACCAGUGUCGAUUGCGCCGUAUAGAAUGGCUCCGAUAGAGCUGGCCAAAUUAAAGACCCAGUUGGAAGAACUUUUGAACAAGAGGUUCAUUCGACCGAGUGUAUCACCAUGGGGAGCGCCAGUUUUAUUGGUGAAGAAGAAAGAUGGAGGAAUACGUUUGUGUGUGGAUUACCAACAGUUAAAUAAAGUGACAGUGAAAAAUAAGUACCCGCUGCCAAGCAUAGAUGACUUGAUGGAUCAAUUACAAGGAGCUAGAGUGUUUUCCAAGAUUGAUUUGAAAUCCGGUUACCAUUAG